AUAGCAUCGGAGUGAAAAAAAUGGCGGGAAAUGCGACGAUGGCUGCCGCGGAGGCGUCCAAACCGAAGGUCGACGGCCAACCGGAGGUGUGCUGGAGGACAGAAGUCGAUCACAACCUCAAGCGGCUGCAAUCGCUUCUAUUUGGCGCGGACGUGGCUCUGGAGAAGGGCGAUUUUGGCUCGGCGCAAGCGCUGUCCCUCUCGCUCAUAGGCUUCCUCGACUCUCACUCGCGAAGUUCGGUAGAUGAGGCCUUCAUCCGACCUAUCCGCCGCGAAGCCGUAUCCAGGCUCGGCUCGGCUCGGAAAGCCUCCAUUCCCGAUUCCGAUCGCCAAGCAUUUGCGCAAGCAGGCAAAGAUAUAGGCCCUAUAUUUCGAAAUAAGGCUGGUAUUGACUUAGAGAAGAUCAAGCAGUCGAGGUAUUUCCGGUCACUUUCCCAAGAGUCAUGUGAAAGAACUGCGUAUGGAUUGAGAAAAGAAUCUGCCAAGCAGGAAGGUGUGAAAGCCUCAAAAACUCUUGUACAGUCAAAACUGACUUCCUUGUAUGGAAAUGGUUACAAAGAAACUAAUCCAAAUUUCAUGAAAGAUAAGCACUCUGAGGAUUGUGUUGUUAUUGAAAAAAAUCAUUCGAGUCACAACUUUCGGCAGAACCAUUCUAUGUCUCCCAUCACUAUAGCUGAGGAUGGGGAAGGAGCUUAUGGGGUUAAUUUUAGGACCAAACGCUUACAUCGGGAAAGUAGUAGUCCUAGAAUUGAAAAUGUAAAAUCCCCGUCAUGUGAAGAAGCUGAUGUUGAUGCUCCUGGUAAAGGAUUUGUUACUGCUAGAGCAAAACUGGUAUGCUCUUCAUGUACUGAGCUAUCUUCAAUAUUCUCUUGAUUCU